GGAUGCCCAGAAAAUGGAAAAUCACAGGCUUGCAAUGGAGCAGCUACGGACAUACAUGACCACAAAGAAAUACUGGGAAGGUAUGAAUGCAUCUGACAAAAAGAGGGUACGCGAUCAGUCCAAACGUCACAAAAUAAAAAAUGGGGUCCUAAUUUACGUGUCUGUUAAUGGAGAAGAAAAGAAGUGAUCACUAGCCUCGGAAGGGUGGCUGACAUUAUAGAAAAAUAUCACAGCUCUCAAGCGGCAGGAGGACACAGUGGCAUAGAGGCAACAGUCAAAAAGAUCACCAGAUUGUACUACUGGGGAUCAGUGAAAAAUGACGUGAAAUAUUACAUUAAAAGGUGUCCUUUCUGCCAGACCCAGCGCUCAUCCAUGUCCCUUAACCCCAGAGAUGAUGAAGAGCUUCCACGUAAAAAGUCUAAACUGCAGCCAACAGAGGUUUCCAAAACAAAAAAAGGAUCUUCCAGCACUGUCUUAUCAGCAAGAUCCUCUGCAUCUAGCCAGUCGAAUGUACAACCAGUCAAACCAAAAGCAGGCCAUCGUGUUCCUGUUACACCAUCUGCUCAAGCCAAUGUCAGCCUUACAAGCACAAGAUUUGCUGUGGCCAGCAAGAAGACUGCAGGAGUGGGAAAUGAGUUGACAGCAUGGGGCUUCAGUGGUCGACUGAAGGACGUGGAAUGCAAGCUGAGCCAACAAGAAGCCAGAAUAAGCAACCUGCAGUCUCAGCUGGAGUCACAUAACCAGCAUGUUGCUCACCUUGAGCAGAAGAAGGAACAGUUGUCUGGAGAUGUUGCUCACCAUGAUAAGUUGUCACAGGUGGCUGACAAGGAGAAUGCAGAGCGACAAAGACAAUGGGACAUCCAGGAGGAGAUGGAUUCACUGUGCAGUAAACAUCAGGAAGAAAUCGAGGCUUUGACAUUCAGUAAAUUAUAUCUUGAGCGACAGUAUGCAACCCUUGAGGAAGAACUGAAAGCAGCUAGGACAGAGGUGUCAACACUCAACUCAUCUGUAGCACGUCUUACCUCUUCACGGGCAUCGGUCGAUGCUGAGUUGGCAGCUACCAAGUUAUCCCUUGAGCAAGCAUUUGGAAAAAUUCAAGCCGAUAAAGAGGUGAUUCAACAGCUGAGGUUGGAACUAGCUGGACGGGAUGCCAUCAUUGAUGAGAACAACCGAAAAAUCAGAGAGCAUGAGAUGCAAACUAUACAACACUAUUCAGGAACUUAAGAAGCAUCUAGGUGAACCAGUGAAACAUAGGCAUAGCACAAAAGAGGAGCAAAUGAUAAUUGCAUCUCCUGCCAAUCAGGAAAUGGUUGCAUCGCAGGCCAACAAAAUGAAGACAUUUGUUCAUAAUAAUUUCAGACAAGCAUAAAAGGGUGAGGGGAGGAAUUUGUGUUUUAUGCCGAGCCAGCAACAAAGGCUAUAUCACGGCAAGGCAGCUAGCUGUGUAAAUAGAUGCCACAUGCAGAGAAAGAACAGCGUGGCUGAGAGGAGAGCUGAACCCAGGAAAGCCAACUCGCACUGUAUUGGUGACAGGCGGUAACCGUUGCGUCCUUACAAGCAUGAGAGUGCAAAAGAAUAGAAAGGUGUAUAUUUUAAAUAUUAUGGACAUGGACUCUGACACUGAACUCCUUCAGCAUGCACUUGUAGUUUUUGAUGCCAUCCAUACAGCAGCCAGUGGUAAAGGGCACAGACUAUCUUGCUUUGAGGCUAAGAAAUAGAACAGAAACUGUAUUCUGUAGUACAAGUUUAGGGACUAAAAAGUGUAAUAGUGAGAUGGCAAUAAUCCUUUGUAAUAUAUCACUAGUAAUAAAUAUUACACAGUUAUAUGCCUAGAAUCAUUCCUUUCCAUUUCUUAUACUUUCAAUCAAUGCCAAAAUUUUUCAAAGUGAGUGUACUCUCAUAGCACUGCAUGACAGCCAGAAGACUGGCUGACUCCACACAUGGACGGCGGAUAUUAUGAUUGAUGUAAAUAUGGUCAUUGAACUUUGCAUAUAUGAAACAUGGAAAAUUAUUCUUGCCUGGCACAGAGUACUAACCGGAGUCAUAUUUGUUCGACUCCUGCAUGAAACCAAUGUUAUGUUGUUAUUCUUUUGCAGCAUGGACACUGCAUUAUUUGUAGUUUGUAAACAAGUGCCUUCACACAGUUAAAAGUGUAAUAGGUACAGUUGUGAAAUAAACUGACAUGGAUCAAAGUA